CUUUGGUGACCAGGCGCAUUCAGAUAGAAAGAGAAAAGUAGAGAGUGGAUGAGGCAAGAGGGUAUUCACAAAAGUGUCCAAGGGUUAGCGCUCAGUAUAUUUUAUAGAGUUGAGCUAGGUUUAUAUUGUAGAGUUUGGUCUUGUUAGAAACAUCCAUACUUUAGACAUAAAGUAAGAUUAGAACACAUAUAUUGUGUCUAUAACAUAUAUGCAUUGAAAAAUGCAGUGAUGGUUUUUGCAUAGAGACAGUUUGAGCGGAAAGACUCAUCGCUGUUUAAAUCCAGCAUUACGUCCAGUGAUACUCUCCACCACCUUGCCCAUGACAAAGCUUUCAGAAACAACAUAGCAAUGGUGGACAUCGACGUUAUCAUGGAGAACAUCACCAUCAUCCUCUACACCAUUACAAUUAUCUUGGGCAUCCCUGGGAACUCUGUCGUCAUCUGGAUGGCGGGGUUCCGUGUGAAGGCUAAUGUCACAAAUGUGUGGCUGGUCAACUUGGCUGUGGCAGACUUGAUUUUCUGCAUGACACGUGUCACCUCUUUGAUUAAGAAUAUCUUUUAUGAUUACUGGCCCUUUGGUGUCUUCCUCUGCAAGUUCAAUGGAUUCUUCAAGUAUGCCAACAUGUUCUGUAGUGUUUUCUUCCUAGCUGUCAUCAGCCUGGACCGGGCAAUUUGUGUGUGGUGGCCAGUGUUCACCAGACAGCACCGAACUCUGUGUAUCGCUCGACUUGUCAGUUUGGGGGUUUGGAUUGCGGCUGUGAUCUUCAGUGCACCAUAUUAUGUAUACCGGCAGGUCUACACUGGCAAGAACAACUUGAGUAAAUGCUCCUUGGAGAUGAAGGAAGCAACUGAAGGUGACAACACAGCUAAAGUGGCCUUGUACAGCAUUCGUUUCUUAUGUGGUUUUCUCUUACCCUUCUUGGUUAUCCUUUCAUGCUAUGCACUAACUGCUGUAGGGAUACAACGAAUGCAGAGCGCUCGCAAAUCACGACCCCUUCGAAUUCUUGUUUCACUGGUUUGUGCCUUCUUCCUCUGUUGGGGGCCUUACCACUGUCUCCUUCUGGCCAAAAUGGUGGACAGGAAGAGCCAGGUAGUAAAAGUGGGCUUGCCCAUAGCUAAAUGUUUAGCCUACUUCAACAGCUGUGUUAACCCAUUCCUGUACUUCUGCAUGGGCCUAGAUAUGAGGCAACGCUUUAGACAAAGUAUUUCUGGGAUUUAUCACCGAGCUUUUGCUGAGGACUGGGAAGGGCAGACAUCACAGUGUCAGGGACGCUUUAUGGAUGAAAGUUCCACUUCUCUUUCAAAGAUAAAAGCCACACAGCAGAACAAAUGUGAGGGAAGUGCUACUGUUUGAAAAAUAACAUUGUUGAUUCUAGAUAUUUUAUGACUGUGUAGGCCUUCUGAAUGGUCUUUUAUACUCAUAUGUAGAUGUCAGAUAUCCCUAGCCAGUCAUUUUGUUCAGUUACAUGACAUUUUUUUUUUUUUUGCUCAAAUUUGGUGGGGUACUAUAUGUGUAUCUUUUAUAUAUGUGCCAGGAAUAAAAAAUGUCAGAAAGCUACCAUAGGGGGACAAAUAAGGUAUUUACUUUAAGGACAUGAGCAUAUUUAAAAAUAUGACAUUUCUGUAUUAUUUUGUUGACUUUUACUUCAUUCCUUUUGGGGACGCCUAACCCUAGCUACCCUUGGCUACAUAGCUAACAUUAGCUAGCCACUAUAAUGCUUGACUACAUCAAUAACAUUAACUAGACACUGUAAUGCUGCUAGAUAGCUAUCUUUCCUGUUUCCUAUUGUAUUUUAACUGCUGUAUGUUGGUUGUAGAUAAAUACAUUUUAGGUAAAGAUGUAUAUUUGUCGAGUCUAUCUUUUAAUACUUAUUAUGCAUACAUUUUGAAUCACUAGAAAACCCAUCAUGUCAGCUCACAGUGGACUAUGCUGGUUGGACUAUACCUAGCAAAGAAUGUCUUAGAAUAGUGACCCAAAUUUAAAAAUUUAAUAAUGUAAGCCACUGCACUGAUACAAUAAACAAUUACUAUCCUUUAU